AUGAGUGUUCCAAUGGAGAUCUCGGUUCAAAAUGUUACCAAUGGAGGCAUCUCUCACGACCAGACCGGCAUUGUCCCUGAGCCUGGAGUGGCUUCUUCGCCGGCACCGACUAUGGCCGAAGACAAGUUCCUUGUUUCAGUUGAAGUUAGCUUGAAGCCUUCUAGCACAGCUCGAAUUGAGGACGUGAAAUUAGCUGUCGAAAGAAUGCUGGAAAAGAGGAGUUUAAGCUAUGUCGAUGGUCCAAUUGAUAUUCCACUCAGUGACACCUUUCUCGUAGAUAAUGUGCAAAGAAUAUGUAUUUGUGACACAGAGGAAUGGGUGGGGAACCAUGAUAUUUUGUUGUUUUGGCAAGUCAAGCCUCUUGUGCAUGUCUUUCAGCUUAGUGAAGAGGGACCUAGUGAAGAUUUAGAUGGGGAUAGCCAACUUUCCAGCUUUAGUGAAUGGGCUCUUCCUGCCAAGGAAUUUGAUGGCAUGUGGGAAAGCUUAAUUUAUGAAUCUGGUCUCAAGCAACGAUUACUGAGAUAUGCAGCAAGUGCUUUGUUAUUUACUGAAAAGGGUGUUGACCCUUUUCUUGUAUCAUGGAACCGUAUCAUUCUUCUACAUGGUCCUCCAGGAACAGGCAAGACAUCAUUAUGCAAAGCGUUGGCACAGAAACUGUCAAUACGUUUUAGCUCUAGAUAUCCACAUUGUCAGUUGGUGGAAGUUAAUGCACAUUCAUUGUUCAGUAAAUGGUUUUCUGAAAGUGGCAAAUUGGUUGCCAAACUUUUUCAGAAAAUUCAAGACAUGGUGGAGGAGGAGAACAAUCUGAUAUUUGUUCUGAUUGAUGAAGUUGAAAGCCUAGCUGCAGCAAGAAAAGCUGCUUUAUCUGGCUCAGAACCUUCAGAUUCUAUAAGGGUGGUAAAUGCUCUACUGACUCAGAUGGACAAAUUGAAGUCUUCACCAAAUGUGAUCAUUCUGACUACAUCCAACAUAACAGCUGCUAUUGAUAUUGCAUUUGUUGAUCGAGCGGAUAUAAAAGCAUAUGUGGGUCCUCCUACUCUACAAGCACGUUAUGAGAUACUAAGAUCAUGCUUGCAAGAGCUUUUACGAGCCGGAAUCUUGUCCAGUUCUCAGGAUGGCGAUCACGUGAUUCUUCUGAGUUAUGCUGGUUUGAAAGACAAAUUGGCUUCAGCAACGACAGAAAACUCUCAAUCCCACUGGGACAUAAGCAAGUAUUUGCUUGAAGCUGCCGAAGCAUGUGAGGGAUUGAGUGGAAGAUCGUUAAGGAAACUCCCGUUCUUGACUCAUGCAGCACUUGUUGACUCUAAAUGUCACGAUCCCACCAAGUUCUUGCGCACAAUGAUCAACACGAUCAGUAGGGAACGCUCAGAGAUACCCGAAUAAGUGCUGAUACAAGGUUAGUAAGGAAACUUGUUGUCCAUCAUACAAGCAAUUUCUUGUCUGGAAUGGUAGAUAAUCUUGGGCCUUCAUGUUUAUGAUUAGUUUGCUACAUCUCUCAGGAACUUGUGAAUAUAGAAACUGCCUUUAUGCCAUAAACUUGAACUAAUACACUGACAACAUAUGAAACCAGUUUUUUUUAUCUCAAUUUCAUCUCCAUAAUGAGAUCAACCUCAUUCUUAGGUCAAUUACUCGAUUCUGGUCUUGAUUUCGACAAAUAUAAAUCACCAUUUUAUUUAUAGAAUCCUUUCGUUCGAUAGUGAUGGGUGGACCGAGAGCAACUUCAAUGGUAAAGCCUUCAAAAACUUUUUACUA